AUGGAUACUCGAAGAAAAACAAGAUCUGCCAACAAAAUUAAGGAAGUCAAACCCAAAGAAGCAAAGUCAAAAACUUCAAAAUCAAAACCAAAACCAGCUAAAAAGGAAAAGUCUGUUGCAAAGAAAAAUAAAAAAACAUCAAAGGAGAUCAAAGAAGAAACAAAAGAGCCUGUUACUUUAAGAAAACAAAGGUCAAGCAGAAAAUCAGCUGAACCAAAGAUAGAUAAGAAAGUAUCAACUACAUCUGUAUCAAAAAGAAGCACAAGAUCUCAGAAUAAGCAAAAAGUUAAAGUUGAAAAACAGAAAGAGACAAAAUCUAAGACAAAGUCCAAAUCUAAAGAAAAAGUAUCCAAAACAAAGACCAAAAAGAGCUCAACAACUAAACCUAACAUCGAAACCAAAGCUACAAAAGAAACCGUGAAGCUCACUAAAAAGAAGUCAUCAAGAUCAUCACAAAGAUCAAAAACUCAACGCAAACAUUCCAAAAAAGAGGAAAUAAAGACAAUCAAAAUUCAAGAAGAUGUUCAAAUGGAGCCUGAAGAAUCGCCAAAAUUCUCAAAAGACCAGAAAAAGAGAUCAAAUUCUGUAAAAGAAGAAAAGCCUUCAUUAUCAUUCGACCCCAGCCAUAGAGGAGGGAAUGCUCCUGAUAUUUCAAACUUGCUCAAGCUGGUAAAUGCUUUGGGAGGAGAGUCCCAACAAAGAUCAUCCACUAGAUUUGUUCCUACAAAGCCACAUAAGUUCAAGCCAAACUUUGGGAACACAAAAUACAAGCCUCAUCCAAAACCCUCUGUAAGAGACAUCAAAGAAGUCAAGCAAAUUAAAGAAGAAAAAGAAGACGUGGUAAUGGCCGAAGAUAACCACAUUAAAAAGCCUAAAGAAAAACAAAAGCCCAAAGAUUUGUUCCCCAAGGCAGAGAUAGCUCUUGGAGGUUGCACUCAAAACAACAAUAUUGAUGACCAACCGAUGAUUGAUGAAGAGCAGGUAGAUCAAGAUGAUCCCUCUAAUCUGUGGGUAAAGACAUCAGAUAUUAAUAAAUAUCCUCCAGUUACUUUCUUGGAAAAAGAUCAAGAGGAAGAGUUAGAAGAUUCACAACAGCAAAGCAAUCAGGUUAAAUUACUCAAAAAGGAUUCGCAGUUUAAAGCCGAUCAGAUCGAAGAAAAUGGAGGCAACCAGCCCAUAUUUAAUAUUGAAAAAGAAGAGUUGGGGAAUGUAGAAUUUAAAGAAAAUGAGUUCUAUUUCAUCCAACUCCCUCAGAUCUUGAAUAUGCUUGGCCAAAGUAGAAUCCAAGAAAGAAAUACUUUGAGAAGAAUCCCUCCAGGAAAAAUUGGAAAGCUCCGCAUUCACAAAUCAGGCAAAAUCUCUCUAAAAUUAGCCCCAGCUGAGUCAGAAAUAAAAGAGGAAGAAGAUCAGAAUAUGAGUUAUAACAAAGAUGUUGUGUACAACCUCAAUCAUGGUGUCAAGCAGACUUUCUACAACGAAUUAGCACAAAUCGAGAAUGGAUCUAUCACAUUUUUGCCAAGUAUCAGCAAUAAAGUAGUCAUGACACCUGACAUUGAAUCAAUGCUUUAA